AUUGCUAUCUUGUUAACUAGUGGGCCACACCUUCCUUUAAUCGAAAGGGUAGAUUCCUAUAUAAAGAGCGGAAAACAAACAUCUACAUCACAGUUUAACUAACUGAGUAUCACAAUCGAAAUGGCAUUCAAAUUCGUCGCCUUCGCCGCUCUCUUGGCUGUAGCUCGUGGAAGCGCCAUCCAUGGUGCUGGAAUCGUCGCAGAGACCUAUGCCGCUCCACUCGCUUUUGCCCCAGUAGCCAAAACUGUCAUUGCUGAAGCUGAAUCCCCAGCCCACUAUGACUUUGGAUACUCAGUGAGCGACCCCUACACCGGUGACCACAAAUCUCAAGUGGAAUCUCGUCGUGGUGAUGCUGUCCAAGGUAGCUACUCUCUCGUAGAUUCUGAUGGAACCAAACGUACUGUAGACUACGCUGCCGAUGCUGUUAAUGGAUUCAACGCUGUUGUACGCAAAGAACCCCUUGCUCAUGUUGCUCACGUUGCCGCCGUUGAAACCGUUGCUGCUCCUGCUGUUGUUGCCGCCAGAACCAUCGCUGCCCCUGCCGUAGUUGCCCACCAUACUCCAGCUCUUGUUGCCACCAGAACCAUUGCUGCCCCAGCUGCUGUAUCUGCUCCUGCUGUUGUCGCCACCAGAACCAUCGCUGCCCCUGCCGUAGUUGCCCACCAUACUCCAGCUGUUGUUGCCACCAGAACCAUUGCUGCUCCAGCUGCUGUAUCAAGCUCUUACGAAUCCAAAACCAUCACUCACAACGCUCCAGUUGUAGCUCAAACCUACGCUGCCCCAGCACUCUAUGCUGCUCCAGCUGUAGUUGCCCACCAAGCUCCCGCUGUUGUUGCUGCUAGGACUGUUGUUGCCCCAGCUGCCGUAUCUUCCUCAUACGAAUCCAAAACCGUUGCUCACAGUGCUCCCGUAGUAGCUCAAACCUACGCUGCUCCAUCUAUUGUUGCCCAUUCUUACUCUGUUCCUUCUGUGGUCUCUCAUCAAGUCCCCGCAGUUGUUGCUGCUAGAAAUGUUGUAGUUCCAGCUGCCGUAUCUUCCUCUUCAUCUUCUUCAUAUGAAUACAAAACCGUCACCCAUAACGCUCCAGUAGUUGCUCAUAGUUAUGUUGCACCUUCUGUAUAUGCCCAUUCAUACGCAGCUCCAUCUGUUGUAGCUAACGUAUGGUAAAAGGUGAUACAUUUGAUUGUUUUGAUGAAAGAAUGAUUCCGACUGUAAAUAAAAUCUUUAAGUUAUAAUAAAAUGAAAAACUUA